GCGGGCGCGGGGCUCGGGCUAGCUGCGGGGCCGGCCCGGAUGGCGGGCGGCGCGGGCUGGGCGGGCGCCCCCGCGGCUCUGCUGCGCUCAGUGCGCCGCCUGCGCGAGGUGUUCGAGGUGUGCGGCCGCGACCCCGACGGCUUCUUGCGCGUGGAACGCGUCGCGGCGCUCGGACUGCGCUUUGGCCAAGGCGAGGAGGUGGAAAAACUCGUGAAGUAUUUGGAUCCCAACGACCUGGGGAGAAUCAACUUCAAGGACUUUUGCCGAGGGGUGUUCGCCAUGAAAGGGUGUGAGGAGCUGCUGAAGGACGUGCUGUCUGUGGAGAGCGCUGGGACGCUGCCCUGCGCACCCGAGAUCCCAGACUGUGUGGAGCCGGGCAGCGAGGUGCCAGACCCCACCUUUGCUGAUGGCGAGCUCCUGCCCACAGAGCCAGACCUCUUUCCCGAGGAUGAGGAUGAGGCCAUGACGCUGGCCCCGCCCGAGGGCCCCCAGGAGUCGGACAUGGAGGGCCCCGUGGAGAGCACUCGGAGCCUGGAGGGACCGGUCGGAAUUCCUGCCGAGAAGGAUGCGGGUCUAGGAGGCCUGUUCCUGCCCGAGGACAAGUCCCUGGGCCACCCUCCAUCCGUGACCACGUCAGACCUCUCCACGCACUCCACCACCUCGCUCAUCAGCAACGAGGAGCAGUUUGAGGACUACGGGGAGGCAGAUGACGUGGACUGUGCCCCCAGCAGCCCCUGCCCGGACGACGAGACCAGGACCAACGUCUACUCGGACCUGGGGUCGUCAGUGUCCUCCAGCGCGGGGCAGACGCCUCGAAAGAUGCGGCAUGCAUACAACAGCGAGCUGCUGGAUGUUUACUGCUCUCAGUGCUGCAAGAAAAUCAACCUGCUUAACGACCUGGAAGCCCGGCUAAAAAACCUGAAGGCCAAUAGCCCCAAUCGAAAGAUCUCCAGCACAGCCUUCGGACGGCAGCUCAUGCACAGCAGCAACUUUAGCAGCAGCAACGGCAGCACCGAGGACCUGUUCCGGGACAGCAUCGACUCCUGUGACAACGACAUCACAGAGAAGGUGAGCUUCCUGGAAAAAAAGGUGACAGAGCUGGAGAACGACAGCCUGACCAACGGGGACCUGAAGAGCAAGCUGAAGCAGGAGAAUACACAGCUGGUGCACAGGGUGCACGAGCUGGAGGAGAUGGUGAAGGAUCAGGAGACCACGGCCGAGCAGGCCCUGGAGGAGGAGGCGAGGCGCCACCGCGAAGCCUACAGCAAGCUGGAGCGCGAGCGCAGCACGGAGAUCGAGCUGCUCACCACCAGGGUGCAGCAAUUAGAGGAAGAAAACACCGAGCUUAGAACAACGGUGACUCGGCUCAAGUCACAAACAGAGAAGCUGGAUGAGGAGCGGCAGCGCAUGUCCGACCGGCUGGAGGACACCAGCCUGCGGCUCAAGGAUGAGAUGGACCUGUACAAGCGCAUGAUGGACAAGCUGCGGCACAACCGCCUCGAGUUCCAGAAGGAGCGGGAGGCGACGCAGGAGCUCAUUGAAGACUUGCGGAAGGAGCUGGAGCACCUGCAGAUGUACAAGCUGGACUGCGAGCGGCCGGGCAGGGGCCGCAGCUCGUCCUCCAGCCUCGGCGAGUUCAACGCCAGGGCCCGAGAGGUCGAGUUGGAACACGAGGUCAAGCGGCUCAAGCAGGAGAAUCACAAGCUGCGAGAUCAGAAUGAUGACUUGAAUGGGCAAAUCUUGAGCCUCAGCCUCUACGAAGCCAAGAACCUCUUUGCCACCCAGACCAAAGCCCAGUCCCUGGCAGCGGAAAUAGACACAGCCUCUCGUGAUGAGCUCAUGGAAGCCCUCAAGGAACAGGAGGAGAUCAACUUCCGGCUGAGGCAGUACAUGGACAAGAUCAUCCUCGCCAUCCUGGACCACAACCCCUCCAUCCUUGAGAUCAAACACUGAGACGAGGGUGGCUGGCUGCAGAGCAGCCGCAGGACCCCCAGCCCCCAGGAUUCAGGGGCAGAACCCCGCCCGAGGAUGCGGCCCGGGCCGGGCCUCCCACGCACACUGUAAAUGUGUCUCUGGCCACCGCUGUGUAAUGUGUACUGGUGUGUAUGUGGGGAGGCCGUGCACACAGCAGAGCGUGAGCCUGGGCAGCAGCCGUGGUGCCAUCUGCGCCGUCAGCUGUCCUUGUGUUUUGCGGUCCCUUUGCGAGGGGCAGAGGGUCGUGGAGGCGGGCGGGGGCGAGGUCAGCCGUCAGGAGUUACUGUAAUGACGAGAGCUAGGGGAAGCUUGCAUUUCAGAUACUGGACAAAAUGAUUCUACCUCUGGGGACAAGGAUUGAAAAGCAUUCUAGUACGACAGGCUCUUUGACCCCCAUCCCUGUUUCCCCCUGGGAGCGGGGGCAAAGUGAUGACCCCUUCCAGGAGCUUGAAUGCCUCACCAACCUCUUCGGCCACCUUUCAGGCCCAGGUGCUUGAGUUCGGAGAGAAGGAAGGAGGUGGUGGGGGAGGACGUGUCGGGGGUCCUCACAAGCCCUUCCUGCAGCCAGCAGCCCCCUGUGCAGCUUGUGCACGGUGUAUCCAAAGGACUCAGGCCUGCAGAGGAGCUGGAGGUGCGGGGGUUGGGGAUGGGGGCAGCCGUCAUCCUGAGGGUUCUUGGCACUUUGAGAGUUCUCCGUAAACCUGCCCAUCCCUGCUCACCUACCUCUCCUUUUCUGUCUUGGUUUUGUUUUUUAAGACCAUGAAAAACAAGCGGCAUUCACUUGGGUAUACAUGAAGGAUUCAAAGAAAAGGGAACGGGGUGGGGACAGUCUAGGGCACGCGUUGACAUUGGGCAGCCAAAGACACGAUCACUUCCCUGUCAGCCUCCUUUCCGGGGUCUGCCUUGUAGGAGAGAGGCGUGGAUGGACCCUCUCGACAGCUCCCAAGGGCUGGGAGGGGGCCUUGCUCACCUGUCCCUGGUCACAGCCUUAGGUUUGGGUUUUCAGAAUCUAUGCUCUGGGUUUGGCUCUGCCGGACAGUGAGGCCCCUCUGUCCCAGCCUCUAGAAACACGCCUGUAUUCGGGUCUCAGCUGUGCUGGUGUGAGAGACAGUCGGGGAAGCUGCAGGGAAAUCUUAGUCUUCCAUGCUGGUGGUGGUGGUUGGUGGGUUAGUCUCUCGGUUGUGUCCAAUUCCUUGCAACCCCAAGGACUCCAGCCACCAGGCUCCUCUGUCCAUGGGGUUCUCCAGGCAAGAUACUGGAGUGGGUUGCUAUUUCCUCCUCCAGGGCAUCUUCCUGACCCAGGGAUCAAAUCCACGCCUCCUGCCUCUGCAGGCAGAUUCUUUUACCACUGAGCCACCUGGGAAGCCCAGUUAACAGACUUUAAGGGAACAAAAAGGUCAAAAGACAUAGCUGUGACCAGGCCAUGGCUAUACUUGAACCGCAACAGAAAUAAUAAGUUAGUGCGGACUCCCAGUUCUGUUUCAAAGGUAAAGAUCAGCCUGGUGACACAGUGGAAACACCCUCUGAUCUUUCAUGUGAUCUUUUGUUCUAGGCGGCUGGGAGCAGAUAUGGUACUUUUCUUUGAGUUUUCCAGUUUGUCUCAAUUUUGUGUGGCUUGUGAACCGUAUCCUUAAUCCAAAUACAGAUAAAUGCGCAUGGUCUUACUUCCAACAUCCUCCCCCCUCCACCCGCCACUGCCGUUUGUUUCCUUCAGCACUUCUCCUAUGAAAGAGAAGGUUUGGGCAUGUUGGGGACACGUGUGUGCAGAGGAGAGAGGGCUGGGAGGGUGAGCAGGGACCUGGGGACUCGGAUGUGUUCCCAGUGACAGAGCAGGGCUGCGGCCAAGACUGGUCUUCAUCCCGUUCCAGUCACUCGCAUUGGAUUUUGUGACUUCUGUUUAAGCAUGUGCAUGGAUCUGAUCCCAGGACUUUGGGGCCACCCGCACCAAGAAGACGAGGAUGGGGGGUGGGGCAUCAGUCUCCUGGGAGUCUCUCGACCCCGCAGGACGCUGGUCUCUUUGGGGCCCCCAGGGGUCUAAGCAGAAGCGGCAGUGGAAGGAAGGGAUGGGGAGUGGGUCUCUUGAGAAUUUGCUAAGAGGAAGGAAUGGCAUGAAUGAAGACCGGAAAGCUGAUGAUUCACGCUGCGGUUUCGGUCUGGGUUUUAUAUGAGAAGGCAUCCUGCAGAGAGGCCAGCCGGAUCCGGGUCCUGGCCUGUGGGGGUGGGGCUCGCCCUGGGGGAGGAGCAUUUUAGGGGUGACCGUGUAUAUGCUCUUUAGCUGCACUGAUGUGGAAUUCCAGGGGAGGCCGCAGAGGCCUGAGUUUAUAACAGAGUCAGAAUGUGGCAUGGAGUCUCCACCCAGGGGAAAGUGGGUGGAGAAAGCUGUCAGCCUGAAGGGGGCUCCACGGGAGCAGACUCCCCCAGGAAGCUCUGGUCGGAAAGCCUCCUCCGGACCUGGUCUGAGAACCGGGCUGACUUUAAAUUGAGGCUGAGUUCCAUUUAACACAUGCCCCAAGUUAAAUCCAACCUUCUUCAACCAUAAUACAUCCAAUAGGCUUGUUCAGAUCCUGUAGCUUUUUAGCCUGAGAGGGGGCGAUGCCACAGGGGUUCCAAGCCACAGCCCCUGUGCGGGUUCUAGAUCGGGGUCCCGGUGGGCAGAGCCUGCUCCCCCUGUAUUUUCUCCUUGUUUCCUGGUUGAAGGUUGUGCUUUUAUCUCUCGGUGGUGUGGGGCUGCUGGAGAAUAUACAGGAUGCCCUGUGAAAUGUGAAUUUCAGGCAAAACAAAUAAUUUUCAGUAGGUGUUCCAUACAAUACUUGGGAUCUAUGCAGUGACUUGUCUGCAGGUUUUAGAGGUGGUUUCGGGGUGAGGGGAGGGGGUUCUGCUGCAGGCUCACAUUUGACAUGACCCUGGGCGGUCCUCACAUUUAAUCAGAGCCCCAGCAAAAUUUGUUGAACCAGCAAGUCAGUGUCUAAACACAAAUUAACUUUGAAUUGCCAGAGUUAGAUAAGUUAUUUUAAAUUUGCAGAUUCUUUGAGAAUUGUCAAAGAGAAAUUAUCCUUUAUCUGUAAACUCCUAAUCUAUUUCUGACCUGUUAAAAACACAGAGUUUGACAACCUCCCAAAGUACCCAAACCUGAAAUAGUAAUAGUGAUUCUCAACUUGGGCUGUGCAUUGGAAUCACUGGGGAGAUUUUUUUAAAUGCUGCUGCCUGGGCCUCCAGAGAUUUGGAUUCAGUUGGUGUGGGUAUGGCCCAGGCACCUAACUGUUUAGAGAGCUCCCCAAGUGAUGGUAAUGUGCAGCCAAGGUUGCAACUUCUAGGAAGCGGUUGGCCAGAGGCAGAGAAAACCUCUGCUGGGCUUGUUAACCUAGGUGCUAGGUAAAAUUGAAUUCCCUUGCUGAGACGGUGGCUUUUCCUUUAAUGAUGUCAGAUGGUGAGACGUUAGCAGACGCCCUCACACCCACAAGGGGAGGCCAGAUGCCUUCAGGAAUGGGUAGAUCCAGCUGUUCUCAGGAGCCUGGAAAGUGAAAGUCGCUCAGUCAUAUCGAUUCUUUGGGACCCCAUGGACUAUACAGUCCAUGGAAUUCUCCCCUUCUCCAGGGGAUCUUCCCAACCCAGAGACUGAACCCAGGUCUCCCACAUUGCAGGCGAUUCUUUACCGGCUGAGCCACCAGCCUAGGGGUUAGCAAACCUGAGUGGGCAGGUUGGUCUCUGCCUGUUGCUCAUGGAGUCGGUGGGUGGCAGGUGUUGGGAUGUAUCAGUCACAGGCCCAGUGAUUAAAGCGAGAGCAGAACAGAGUGGGGGUGGGUGCUGAAAGCAGCCCCAGAAAUAGUGGCUACCUUCUGGCAUAGCUGAGCCCAAGGGGAUUCCCGCUUUCUGAUCUGUUUUCAGGUUGGGUGGAUAAAGGUCACCACACCAGCAUCCCUCCCCAGCCCUGGAGGCUCCAGGCUCUAGUCUGCCAAACUCCUGGCCCAGCCAGGUUCUGGGGGUCAGGAAGGUAGGCUCUUUUGUUCCAAUGAAGGACUUAGUAGCAGGGAAGAGACCUGCAGGGGCCAGUGGGGCCUGGUGGACCAGGGAGAAAUUAAGUCCUCUUUUUGUGCUGCAUAGGUGUGUGGGUUUAAUGCAUUAUCAAAUUUAAACCUAAGAGCUAAUUAUAGACGCGAUCAGAACAGGGGAUGUAUUGGGAUGGUUGCGGUGCCCAGGCAAUGACUUUGUUCGCCUGGCAGAUUUACAGCGACUCUCUUAAGGGCUGAGGUGGGUUGUAGACUGAGGAGGGAGCAGUGCAGAACUUCAGAACUUUCCUCUAGGGCAGCCCCUCUCCUGUGAUGCUUCAGGCUGGUGAGGGGACGGACACCUGGGUGACUUUGAGCAAGUCCCUUCCCUCUGCUGACCUUAAGGAUCUCCAGACCCUGCCAGCCCAUUCUGAGCAGGCCCGUGAGUGGGCAGGGAGCACGAGGGGCCGGAGCCAUGGGCCUGCCUGCCUGCCCGCCCGCCCGCCCUUCUGCCACACUCCUCUUUCUUGGGGAAACAGGCUGCCUUCUAGAAAGAUCUGUUUCUAAAAGCGUAGACCCUGCGAAGCUAGAUGUCACAUGACAUUGGUGCUCCGACCUCGUAGGUUUCUCUCUCCAUUUUCGUUGUGACCAUAAAGGAGGGCCGUCUGCCUGGCGCCACCAGCAGGGGGUGGCUGAGCUGGGCAUCCCGGGGCCACCCCAUCGGCGGUCUAGGCGCUGCAAGCUCUGGAGACAGGCUUCCCUCCCGGCCCUCAGCUUUGCUGUGCUGCACAGGCUGUGUGUUGUCUGCAUGGUUUGGGGUCAUUGUCUUUGUGCCUUCUCCCCCCUCCACCCCCCAUCACCCUGUACAGGAGUUCCCACGUUUCCACUGCCCCCUUUUCUACGUCCUCUUGGUUACCCUGGCCCUGCUUCUGCCCGAGCCCUGCAAAGUGUACAAAGCAGCCCUUUUGUGUCCACGCACCUCUGCCCCAUGAGGCUGACCCCCCCCGCACGCCGUCCCCAGGCCCUCCACAUGCUCAGCCACUCAGACUCGCUAACCUGGGACAUGUUUCAUUCCGGUCCCUAGCUUGGGGGUCCUGGGCCCACUCAGCGCCUCACCCAGCCUGCCGCUCUUUAGGAACCCUGCACACUAUAAAAGCCUCUCUGUGUGCAAAGCAGCUUCUCCUACAAACUGCUUCCCGAGUGGGUGUCAGUACCUGUAGCUGGCAGAGUGUACCUUUUCUCACCUGGGGCGUUGGCCUGGCAGUGAUUGUCAUGGGUCUGCAGCCACUCUGUGGGCCCCUGGGAGGAUGCACCCGGGGCCCCCAGAAGAAGCUCCAGCUGCGUGGCUCCCAGGGCUUGACGCUGGGCCUGGGUUCAGGGCCAUCGCCAUCUGCUGUCUGAACAGCUUCAGACCCCAAGCAGGCAGAAGGAAGAGGCUUCAGGCUGCGUCCCCCCACCUGCCAUUAACAACCGCCGAGCUCUUCCGCCCAAGGUGCUCAGACCUGGGUGCCGUUAAAUCCCCGGUGAUGUCAGGACCUUGCAUCACUGAGGCGCCCAGCUCCUUCCACUUUCUCAGCUGGGUCUCCAGAGCCGAGAGGGAUGAGCUGCACGCAAAGGCUCAUCCAGGGGGUCAUCAGGUGCCUCUGACGCAUCGUGGGAUUUCACCCGAGUCUUCUGCCCCUGGAGCCUCCAUCCAGAAGCAGGCUUAGCUCUGGGGCUGGGGCGAGACCUCCACGUCCAGGCCCCAGCGUGGGGAGAGGGGGUUGAGGCUCCAAGGCUGAGUCCUAGGGUCCCGAGCCCUCUGCCUCCCGCCUGCUCCCGGGCCAAAAAGGAGCAGGCUUGCUUGCAGAGGCAGGCUCCCUGGGGAACUCUCGUGUACAGACCAAGAUGUAAAUAAACACUUUGCUUUUCUUGCCUGA